UUUUUUAAAUGUUGGUAAAAAAGUAUGAUGACUAAAGCUUAUAUAGUGUGAGACUAAAAAGUUGAAGCUGAAUGCACUCAGCCUUCAAAAACAUUGAAACAUAUAUUUUGUGGGAGUGCUUAUAGCCUGAUGAGUUGAGUUAGCUAUUGGCAGCAGGUAGCAUUCAUAUUCUUUUAUCUAAUGUACUUUCUAUAUGAAUACUAAUUUUGGACCAAGCAUCAAGGUCAAGUGGUUAACACAUUUGCUUCAUAUUCAGGAAGUCUUGAGUUAAAAUCUUGGCUUGAAGACUGGUUAUCCUAACAGUUUUUCAUGAUUUUCCUCAGUUCUCCUGGGCAAAUACAAGAAUAUUACCUAACUUAGGGCAUAGCCAGUUUCUUUCAAAUUAAUUUUUAACCAGUCAACCUAUCACUUGACACUGUAAUCUGGACUAUUGCCACUGUUAAAUACACCACAAAUAAAUAAAAUUUUAUAAAUAUGGAAAACCAGUCAAUAUGAAGAUGGAUGUAUAAAGUGUGGUAAACUUAAAACAAGGAAGUUUAUUACUGCAUCAUAUAUUCUGCUAGAAUGUACUGUGAGAUAAUGCGAUCUAGGUCACCAAGUCGUCGCUCAACUCCACCGCCUCCACGAAUAUCUCGUCGUUCACCAGGUGGAUUUAGGGCCAGAGGGAAAUCUCCCGAUAGGAGGCGACGCAUGCCACCACCAGCCAUACCAAAAUAUAUACCAGGUGCUAGAGGCAGCAGUCCCACAAGAGGAAGGGAUCGCAGGGAAUUUAGACAUUCACCUAGAAGAAGAAGUAGAUCACCUCUUCAGAGGGAACCAAAAGUACGCUCUUUCUCACCUGGAAAAAGGAAGUUGUCUCCAAAGAGAGAACGAGAAAGGGAAAGGCGGCGAGAGCAGGAGAGGGAGAGAGAUCGAAGGUCUCGACAAGCCAUCCCUUCGCCUAGGAAGAGACCAAGGUCAAAAAGCCCAGCCACAUCAGCUGUUGGUUCAACAAGGGAAGGUGGUCAUUUAGGAUCAUACAGUGGAAGUGUGGGAGGGCCUUUAGAUGCAUCCCCUGGUCAGAGUUAUCAGGGACAACCAGGAUCAUAUCCACAAGGAGGACCAGGUUCAGACGGGGACCACCUUAACAGAAAUAUGGUGUCAGUGAAUGAAAGAUUUCAUGGAUCAAGUGGACCAGGAUCCUACAAAAAGGAACAGUCUGAUCAUCCUGUUUUCCGAGGCCCAGAAGGUUCAGGCUUUGAUGUCAGUGAACUGAAGAAGAUUACAGUGGAUAUCCGGCGAAAUCUUCCAGUUGACAUGGUUCCUAUUGAACGCAAUAUUGUCAACCCUGAAGAUGUUGUAUUGGUACGCCGGCCAGAAAUGACAGCAGAUGAACGUGAAUACACCCACGUGAUCCGAGAUGCUCAUGCUUCCCAUGGUCGCUAUGAAUCUGAUGUCACACAUUCAGCCUCCAGUGGAAGGAAGACAUCUUGGGAACGCGUAACAAAUAAUAACCUCCACAGCAUCAAUAAAAGAGAGGGGUCACAUCCAAUAUUUGCCCGUGAAGAGAUUGUACAGGCAUCUGCUAGGGCAGGUAGUGGUCCUAUUGAUGAGCACCAUAGAGUGGUAGCCAUUGUGGACGAAGCAGCUCCAAUACAGUCUCAAGUGAUGUACCCUAGUGAAGAUAGAAAUUAUUCCGGUAUUACAGGAAAUUCUCGAUUUGAGUCCCUGGUUCGUUAUGCAAAUGCUCCACCACGAUCACAUGAUAGUUAUUACCCUAGUGGAGAGUGGGAACCACCACGUGACUACCCGCACUCCUCACGAGAUUAUGAUCGUGGUCAUGGACCAGCCCCUGACUUUGAGCAUAGGGAUAGGAGUCGGGAGGAUCGCUUUGACAGGCGAAGUGAAGAUCUUCGGCAUGAACUGGAACAACGUCGCCGCGAUGACAGUCGGUACUCGGGUCAGGGAGAUAAUCGCCACUAUGAUAGGAGCACAGACUAUAGGGGUGACUCAGAUAGGGUGUCCAGUGACCUCCGGACGCGAAUUAAUGAAAAAAGGACUGAUCGUCAUGAUGAUAGAGACCAUGCCCGCAUAAUGUCUCACAGGGGCAUAAUUCAGCCCUCCCCACCAGGCAUUGAAAGAAGAAGGGGACCAGGGGAUGGAUUUGGUCACUCAAUGGGAGAUGGUAAAAUGCGUAGUGAUGGAGGAGGACGAAUGAUGCAUCAUGGAGGACCAACAAAUCGUCAUGAUGAUGUGCCAAGCACAUUCCAUCAAGAAGCACCAGAAUUUUCCAAUCAGCGAUCCGAUAGAUUCCAUUACAAAUCCUGGGAUUUAAAUCCUGAACAUGUACCCAAAGGACGGGCCUAUUUUGAACAUGACAACCGGGAUGAUGAAUUUAUGAGAGGACGAAGUCGUGGUAUGGGUCAGCGAGGCUCGGGGACGCACGGUCGUGGUACGAUGCGUGGACGACCUUUCAGAGGUGGAGCACCGACACGGAAUUUUAUGGGUCGUGGUCGACGAGGAUACGCACCACGGUAUACUACUAGGCCGAGUUCACCCCACUGGGAGCACGAUCUGUUUGACAACGUUUCGGCUGAUGACUGUGGGCAAGCACGCAACAAUGGCCAUGGCAAGUAGCAUUAUGGUCUGCACCCUUAAAGUGUUUCAUGGUGGAGAAAAAUGAACUCCUUAGCUGAACACGCUAUCAUGAAGUUGUUUUCAGCUGUCCAUGACCUGCUACAUUAAAUUGUGACUUUUGAAAUUUCAUUAUCUGAACAGUGAAUACAAUGUGUAUUGAGAAAGUCGAAGAUGCCUGCAAGAAAUAAGUUUACCAACCUUACAUUCUAAUUCAUCAGCUUUCCUGAGUCAGUUGUCAAGAAAUUGUGCUCUUAUCAUGUGGGAUUGUAACUGUUGAUGGGGGCAUGUAUGUUAUUAAGGUGGCUUUGAAGUGCUUAAUAGUUUCGACUUAUUUUUCUCUGACUAUGAGACUUCGCGUGUAGUUUUCUUUAUUAAUCUUCUGGUAAUACAGCAAAUGUCUAAGUUGUAUAUUACAUAUUGACUUUUUAACAUGAUAAUUAUUUUCAGAGGCAUGUACUGUCGUUAGGCUGCAUGCUAUCUCAUCAGACCCAUUGCACCUUAAUCUCUUGUACCUGGUUUCUUACGUCUAUUUAGUCAAAUAACCUGAUUUUUUAAAAUUGUAAGGAACAAAAGGCAUCCAUCCUCCUUGGUUGGCUUUGGAUGCUGUGUCGCUACGUAGUCUUUUCCAGAACCAUAUUGUGAAAGCUGUAAAGUUUUGGCACCUUAUUUUUAAUGUAUCUUUUUCUUCCCGCCCACUUUUCUCCUUUGUUUGCUUUCGUUGGUAAAGUUUUUGUGCAACAUUAGACAACAGUUUUUGACACUCGAUUGGUGUCUUCGUAAAAUAUAAACUGUGGAUUUGUAUGAAAGUACAACCUGAGUUGGCAUAGUUUUUAUGUUCUUAGUAUGUAAGAACUUUUGUUUGUAUGUUUCUUGCUACAGUUUAAACUUAUAUGAGUUGAUGCUGUUUGAAGUUAGACUUGCACAUUAAAUGUGUGCAGACUGGUGAAAAUUUCCAGAGACAAAAUGUAUGGUAGCCAUAUCCAAAGCACAGACAAAAGAUUCAUUAAAAGUUUAAAAUAUGAUUGAUACUGAAUGAUGUGUUACGUACGUUGAGAGUUAAAGACGUUUUUCACCCUUUUUGUUGUGUAAAUGGUAAGGAGAGAACGUGUAUUAAAAUUUGUAUGUGAAAUAGAAUACCUUUUUUUUUAUGUGUGUAAUGAGUUCAUAAUAAAGGAUUUGUACAUAUUUGUUUCUUAGAACUCUAAUAAAAUGGUUGUAAAAUA